GGCAGCGCGAUGCGGGGCUCGAGCUGCGUGGGCGGCGGUGGCGAGAGUCCCGGCGCUGCCGGGCUGAGCGAGGGCCCCCGCGGCCGAUGGCUGCGCCUUGCCCCGGUCUGCGCCUACUUCCUGUGCGUGUCCUUGGCCGCCGUGCUGCUCGCCGUGUACUACGGGCUCAUUUGGGUCCCCACACGGCCGCCCGCGGGCCCCGCCGACCCUCUGCCCAGCGCGCCGGCCGCUCCGUGUGCUCGAGCGGCGCCGCCCGCCCCGCCUCCGGCCUUGUCCUGCCUGCUCGGGGCCUCGGGUGGGUCGCGACCGCAGCCCGGACUGCCACGGAGCCGCCGCCACAGCCGCCACCCGGCUCCUGGGCCGACAGCGGAGACCGUGCGCCGAGCUCCCGGAUAGGCUGACCCGCUCCCGCCUUGGCCUGCGCCCAUCUGUCCGCACCUGCGAGCCUCGCUCCGCGCGGCGCCUCUCCUCUGGCCGUGGUCCUGAUCCUGCCCAACCUCACCCCACACCGCUUCUCCCCGGGACUCCGCGCUCGUCUCCAGCCUCGGCUGCGCCCACCUGGUCUGUGGUCGUCCUCGGCGUGCUGCUGUCUUCCAACCCUGUGGCCGCCAGGCCUUAGAGGCUUUUCUAUUGCCCGCUUUGUAAUCUUUGAGUUGGAGUGGGGAGAAACGACCCGCCAGUUUUUCAGGGCCGUUGAAGGUCAGAUACUGUAAAGGCCUUAGCAGUUUUCGGGGUGUCGUGGGCUCCCGGAAUAGCGGCGGAGACAGUGGCGCGUGCUGGGAGCUGCCCGGGGUGUAGUUUACAGUCGCAGGGCCGAGGCUGUUACUCAUGCCCUUGCCAGUGAUGCCGUAGCUUCUUCAUUCCUGGGGACAGAGAGAUGGACCCCAGGUUCAGAUGGUGACGGGACAAAUUUGCUGUUUUGGGAUGUGUAGAGUAUAAAGUUGAAUCAAAAAACAAAA